GCACACCAGAAGGAGAGCGUCCAGAGAGAGCCCCGCCGUUGCCGCUGCGCUCGCUCGCCAGCCUCUCCCUGCGCCUCCAGGACGCCGAAGAGUUUCGCCCAGGCUCUGCUGCCCAAGUGCCGCGCGCGCCGCUCGAGCGUCUCCAUCUCUCCCCGUCUCUCUCUCUCUCACCGUGGGCAGCGAGAGGGAGGCAUGGCUGGCUGCGGGCUCUCCGAAGAUGCCGCCUUCUCCCUCUCCUCCUCCUCCAGCGCCGCCGCCGCCGCCACCUCCUCCUGCUCCUCCUUCUGCAACCUCGCCGCCUCUUGGGAAGCCCCCUUCAGCCACCAGCCUCUUUCCAGUGCUGACCUCCCGAUGAAGGAAUGCAACAUUCUUUUCAACAGUGCACAGUGUGCUGCUCUGGUUGGUGAAGACCAGCCUCUUUGCCCAGAUCUUCCAGAACUUGACCUCUCUGAAUUAGAUGUGAAUGACUUGGAUGCCGACAGCUUUCUGGGAGGCCUCAAGUGGUACAGUGACCAAUCGGAAAUCAUUUCCAAUCAGUAUGCCAAUGAAUCAUCAAACAUAUUUGAGAAGAUAGAUGAAGAGAAUGAGGCAAAUUUGCUAGCAGUUCUCACGGAGACAUUGGACAGCAUCCCUGUGGAUGAGGAUGGACUGCCUUCAUUUGAUGCACUGACGGAUGGAGAUGUGACCAACGAAAACGAUGCCAGCCCUUCGCCGAUGCCCGACGGCACCCCUCCACCUCUGGAGGCAGAAGAGCCGUCUCUACUUAAGAAACUCUUGUUGGCGCCAGCUAACACCCAGCUAAAUUACAAUGAAUGCAGUGGCCUCAGCACACACAACCAUGCAAACCAUGGCAAUCACAGGAUCAGAACAAGCCCUGUGGUGGUUAAGACUGAGAAUUCAUGGAGCAAUAAAGCGAAGAGCAUUUGUCAACCACAAAAGCCACAAAGACGUCCCUGCUCAGAGCUUCUCAAGUAUCUGACUACAAACGAUGACCCUCCUCAGACCAAACCAACAGAGAACAGGAGCAGCAACAGAGACAAAUUCACCUCUAAAAAGAAGGCGCUUUUGCACUCUCAGACGCAUCAUUUGCAAGCCAAACCAAUGAGUUUAUCGCUUCCUUUGACGCCCGAGUCACCAAAUGAUCCCAAGGGUUCCCCAUUUGAGAACAAGACUAUUGAACAAACUUUAAGUGUGGAACUCUCUGGAACUGCAGGCCUAACUCCGCCUACAACCCCUCCUCACAAAGCCAACCAGGACAACCCUUUUCGGACUUCACCAAAGCCAAAGUCGUCAUGCAAGACUGUUAUGCCACCUUCCAAAAAACCGCGCUGCAGUGAGUCUUCCAGCUCUCAAGGACAUAACUUAGUUCGGAAGGGUCCGGAACAGUCAGAGCUGUAUGCACAGCUUAGUAAAACAUCUGUGCUGUCUGUCGGUCAUGAGGAGAGGAAGACAAAGCGGCCUGGUUUGCGGCUGUUUGGUGACCAUGACUACUGUCAGUCUGUUAAUUCGAAAACAGAAAUACGCAUCAACCUAUCCCAGGAGCUUGAGGAGUCCAGACAAGUCCAAUUGAAAGGCUGCUUGCCUGAGCGGUGGUGCCAUAUUUGUUCUUCUUUCGAACAAUGUGACCAGUACAAGAGAGAGACUUCACAGGCGAACAGGCAGGAUUUGCAGUGCAACAGCCGGAAGCAGCUCCAAGACCAGGAAAUCCGGGCCGAACUCAAUAAGCAUUUUGGUCACCCUAGCCAAGCUGUUUUUGAGGAAGAGACCACUAAAACCAGUGCACUGAGGGACAACGGCAAUUAUAGUGACGAACAAUUCUCUAAGCUACCUAUGUUUAUAAAUUCAGGACUCACAAUGGAAGGUCUUUUCGAUGACAGCGAAGAUGAAAGUGACAAACUGUGCUGGUCGUGGGAUGGGACGCAAGCCUACUCCUUGUUUGACCUGUCGGCUUCUUGCUCAUCUCUUAACUCUCCAUGCAGAGAUUCAGUGUCUCCACCCAAAUCCUUCCUUUCUCAAAGAUUCCAAAGGAUACGUUCUCGAUCGAGGUCCUUUCCUCAGCACCGGUCUUGUUCCCGUUCUCCAUAUUCCCGAUCGAGAUCAAGGUCGCCGUGCAGUAGAUUCUCCUCAAGAUCUUCCUUCUAUCAUGAGUCCAGUCACUGUAGACCCCUGGCAUAUAGAAGUUCUCCCUUGUAUUCAAGAUCCCGAUCCAGAUCGCCAUAUAGCCAUAGACCCAGAUAUGACAGCUAUGAGGAAUAUCAGCAUGAAAGGCUGAAGAGGGAAGAAUACCGCAAAGAAUAUGAAAAACGGGAAACUGAAAGGGCCAAACAAAGAGAGAGACAGAGGCAGAAAGCAAUUGAAGAACGACGUGUGAUUUAUGUGGGCAAAAUUGGGCCUGACACAACCCGAACAGAACUGAGAGACCGGUUUGAAGUUUUUGGUGAAAUUGAGGAGUGCACCGUAAAUCUACAGGAUGAUGGAGAUAGCUAUGGUUUCAUCACUUACCGCUACACUUGUGAUGCCUUUGCCGCUCUAGAAAAUGGGUACACACUGCGCAGAGCCAACGAACCUGACUUCGAGCUGUAUUUUUGUGGACAAAAGCAAUUUUGCAAGUCUAACUAUGCAGACCUAGAUUCAAACUCAGACGAUUUUGAUCCUGCUUCUACUAAGAGCAAGUAUGACUCCAUGGAUUUUGACAGCUUACUCAAAGAGGCACAGCGAAGCUUGCGGAGGUAACGUGCAUCAUGGCCAAGGAAAAUGGAGGGAUGGCGAAUACCUCAUGGACGUCAAGUCCUUCAAUAAUGAACAAUGAAGAAGUCACGCUUACAAAUUUCUCCCUAACUCCACACACUCUCCAUAUACAAAAACAUAGUUUACAUGGACCAGCUG